AUGUCUAUCCCACACAACGCUCUUCCCGCCGCUGUCAAGCUUCGCGAGUCCGCUCUUACUGCCUUCAAAACUUAUCAGGACAUGAAAGAGGGACUGAACAGCGCUGCCGCUCCCACCAUUCUUGGCGUAGCCGCUAAUUACUGUGUUCAGCUUAUCGACACCAAGGAUCCGUGUCUGCUUAUGCACCAGCCAAUGCACAACGUGCUUUUCCUUGUUAGAGGCGAGUACAAUACCCGCAGCACUGGAGUUCACGCCAUCGCGCCCCCAGCCGACCUCGACACUAUCAAAGAAUAUUGUCGCGCCGUUCUCGCCGCGCGCGCCGCUGCGCAGGUCGUUCCACCACCUGUUACUGCUCAAGCUCAGGCUCAGGCUGAGAUUGCAGAGGUAAUGGCCGCCGCUAAAGCCAAGGCACACAAGUCUGCCAACUCCUUGCUCAUCGACAACCCUCUGUACAGGGAGAUCUUAGCGCGCGCACAUGCUGCUGUUACCAACCGCAUGCCGGCUUAUCCCACCCUUGCUUAUUUCAAGCAGCAAGAGGUCGAUCUUCGUGAACGCGUUCUUCUUAGCAUGCAGCGCCUCGACUUGGAGCUUCGUCUUCGCGAUGUACUUGUCGCUGAUUACGAAAUUGCCCUUGCCCAGAUUGCUGAGCGUGAAGUAACUAAGGAGUAG